AUGUCGCAACCAUCCUCGAGGCUCUUGUGGAAGUCCAUUUCCUCCACAUCAGCGACACAAUGCCGCAGAUGCAUCUCCCAAGCAGCGAUCCCUAAGCAGACCCGGCCGACUGCCGCGCCGAAUGCGUUCCAGACGAGACCCUCUCCGGCGCAGAGAAGGACGAAGACAUACAAGACUGUGGAGGAGGCAAAGAGCAGAUAUAGAUCAGGGCCCUUCUCGUGGAAGGCCGGUCUUCUGUUCGUCGGCACAGGUGUUGGCUUGACAUGGUACUUUGAACACGAGAAGCAGCGCAUGGAGCGCAAGCGCAUCGCGGAUGCGACCAAGGGCAUCGGACGGCCCAAGGUUGGAGGGCCGUUUGAGUUGACCGACCAGAACGGAAACAAGUUCACGAGCGAGGACAUGAAGGGCCGAUAUGCAUUGGUCUACUUUGGCUUCACGCACUGCCCCGACAUCUGCCCCGACGAGCUCGACAAGAUGGCCCAGAUGUACGACCUCGUCGAGCAGAAGCGACCCGGCUCGGUGCUCCCUAUCUUCAUCACGUGCGACCCGGAGCGCGACACCCCGGCGGUGGUCAAGGAGUACCUCGCCGAGUUCCACCCUAAGUUCAUCGGGCUGACAGGUACCUACGACGAGAUCAAGGACAUGUGCAAGCUGUACCGCGUCUACUUCAGCACGCCGCAGCAUGUUAAGCCCGGCCAGGAUUACCUGGUAGACCACAGCAUAUACUUUUACCUGAUGGACCCCGAGGGCGACUUCGUCGAGGCCCUGGGACGCCAGCACUCGCCGUCGGCGGCGGCCAAGGUCAUCCUGGACCACAUGAACGACUGGGAGGGCAGCUGGAAGAAGAACUAA